AUGAAUAGCUGGAAGAAGAAAUUACUCAGUCAAGGUGGGAAGGAGAUUUUAUUGAAAGCUGUAUCAAUGGCUAUGCAUGUCUACACAAUGUCCUGCUUUAAACUACCAAACAAACUUAGCAAAGAAGUAACCUCCAUAUUAGCCAAUUACUGGUGGAGAGAAGCUGAAGGAGAAAACAAGAUGCAUUGGUGCUCAUGGAGUAAGCUGACUAAGAAGAAAAAAUGGGGAGGCUUGGAAUUCAAGGCCCUUCAGAAAUUCAACAAAGCACUACUGGCAAAACAAGUAUGGAGACUGAUCUCAAGCCCAAACCUCUUAGUCAGUAAGGUUCUGAGGGCAAAGUACUUCUAUAGGGAAUCAAUUUUUAAGUGCAAAAUACCUAAGAAUGCUUCCUGGAUCUGGCAAAGCAUAAUGGGAGUAAGAGACUUUGUGGAAAAAGGAACAAGGAAGAGGAUGGGAAAUGGCAAGGCUACUAAAAUUUGGGAGGAUAAUUGGAUCCUUGAGAAUUCGAAGGUCAAAGUCACUUUUGGGAGACCUCAGCAUAGCACCCUGAUGAUGGUAGAUGAACUUAUCGGUGGCUUUAGAUGGAAGAAACCAAUAGUUCUAAGGACUUUCAACCAAAUGGAUGCAAAAAGAAUCUUGGAAAUCCCCAUCAGCAUUUCAGAGAGAGAUAACUGCAAUUACUGGAUUCAUAGUGAAAAUGGAAUACACAUUGUCAAAUCAAGCUACAAGGAACUAUGCAAAUGGUCAAUUGAUCAGUGGGAGAGAAGAGGAGCAAAGGGUGAAACAAGCUUACUUAACUCCUGCUGGAAAACAUAG